AUGUGUCGGGGAGGAGUCGCUAGCUGAUAGAGAAAUGGAAGUGGUUGACGAGACUGAAGCUUUGCAACGCUUUUUUGAAGACCAAGAGGUAGCGCACUCCAGAAUGGCUUAUGCAGACGGUCCCUUCAGACAUUACAAUACAGGACACGAAAUCAAUGGGGCUCUUGAUACAUCCAACAUUGAUACAAGUAUUCUGGAGGAAUACAUCAGUAAGGAAGACUCCACAGACAUCUGUUUUCCAGAUCUUCCAGUCUCAGUAAGUUAUUCCAACCCCCAAGCAUCCGGCAGUGCUCCAGUCGGCCAUGCUAUCCCCAGCGCCAUUGUGAACACAGGCCAUUUAAACAGCCCUUCCACCAGUGGAGUCAACCAUCUUUGUCAUGUAACCACCAGCUGUAUUCCAGUUGCAGCUAGACAUGGCGGUCUUGUGCCAAACCCUAUAUCUUGUGGCCCAAACCUCAGCAGCCACGUGAACUGCAAUGGCAACAAUGGAAUGCUAGCCAAAAGCUAUCCCAGCACCCUUUGCAACACAACUGCUAUCAAAGUGGAACCAAAGCCUUCCUAUGCACCCGGCACUUUACCUGAAUCUCCUCCUGAUUCUGGAUCCGAGCCUUACUCCCCUCAACAGGUGAAUGAGUCUCAUCUUCUUCGCACUAUGACCCCUGAGCAUUUAUGUCAUAUGACGCCUCCUUCUCGUCUGGAACAUCCUGCACAAGCACAUCUCCAACCACCACACCCUCAUCAGCCACCCAACACCCACUAUCCCAAUGUGCCACGGGAGAUGUACAUGAAGCCUGAGCCAAUGAUGCCCCAGUAUCCAGUAUCAGGAAUAUCUCCAAAUGAGCUCCAUCAAGCCCAGCAGUCACAAAUGCUUCACCAGCUUCUGCAACAUCAUGGAUCAGAUGGUAUUCCUGUGCAUCCAGCCAAGAAGCGGAAACAUUCAGACUCUCCUCCAAAUACUUUAAACACUCAGAUACUGAAUGGAAUGAUAAAGCAGGAGCCAGGGUUGAUGCAGGACAACGACAGUCUGAAUGGCUCCUACCUGGACCCCAACUACCAGUGCAUAAAAUGGCAGCCACACCAGCAGAACAAGUGGACCACUCUCUGUGACGUCAAUUGCAAAGACUUACCCAAUCCUAGCUACAGAGUAGAUGCUGACAAAGGCUUUAACUUCUCUGUACCUGAUGAUGCUUUUGUUUGCCAGAAGAAGAACCACUUCCAGGUCACUGUUUAUGUUGGCAUGAUGGGUGACCCCAAAUAUGUGAAAACCCCUGAGGGCCUCAAACCAAUUGAUUGUUUCUUCCUGAAGUUGCAUGGUGUAAAGUUGGAGGCAAUGAACCAGAGUAUCAACAUUGAACAGUCACAGUCAGAUCGUAGCAAACGGCCAUUCAAUCCAGUCACGAUUAACAUCCCUUCUGAUCAGGUCACAAAGGUCACUGUUGGAAGGUUACAUUUCAGUGAAACAACAGCUAACAACAUGAGGAAGAAAGGCAAACCCAAUCCAGACCAGAGGUACUUCAUGCUGGUGGUAGCCCUUCAAGUUCAGGCCCAGAAUCAGAAUCACCUCGUGGCUGCUCAGAUCUCUGAAAGAAUCAUUGUUCGGGCUUCAAACCCUGGACAGUUUGAGAGUGACACAGAUGUCCUGUGGCAGCGUGGUCAGCUUCCCGAUACUGUCUUCCAUCAUGGCCGAGUUGGCAUUAACACAGACCGUCCCGAUGAAGCGCUGGUCGUCCAUGGCAACGUGAAAGUCAUGGGCUCAUUAAUGCACCCAUCAGAUGCACGGGCAAAGGAGAACAUCCAGGAGGUAGACACCACAGAGCAGCUGAGGAGGAUCACACAGAUGCGGCUGGUUCAGUAUCAAUACAAACCCGAGUUUGCUGCCACAGCAGGCAUAGAGAAUGCAUCCGAGACAGGUGUUAUCGCACAAGAGGUGAAGGAAAUUCUGCCCGAGGCAGUGAAGGAGUCGGGGGAUGUGGUGUGUGCCAACGGAGAGACCAUUGAGAACUUCCUUGUGGUUAAUAAGGAGCGGAUUUUCAUGGAGAAUGUGGGGGCUGUCAAAGAACUUUGCAAGCUGACUGAUAACCUCGAGACACGAAUCAACGAGCUGGAGACGUGGAGCAGAAAACUGGCCAAACUGAAGCGACUGGACAGUAUGAAAUCCACAGUCAGUGGAGGGACUCUCAGCCAAGCUGGCAGUCAUUUUAGUCGGGCAGGAAGUGGGCCACAUAAGAAAAGGCACCCAAAGGUUGGCAAUAAGGCUCACUCUAACCCAACAGAACAGGGUUGCCUCAGCCAGAGGUUCCUCCAAGGCACCAUCAUAGCUCUCGUUAUAAUCAUGGCUUUCAGUGUAAUAUCCAUGUCAACCCUCUACGUGCUGAACUUACGCAAUGAUGAUGGGACAGAUGGCAAUGGACCACUUGAAAAUAUCAAUCCAGAUACAACCUCGAAAGAAAAUCAUUGGCCGACGCCUCUAGGAGCACAGGGCACAAUUACAGCUCAGCAGCCGGGUAGGUUAACCCUGUAUGAUACCAACUGA